UGUACAGAAAAAAUCAAUGUCUUCAAUUUAGAGGAAACCGUACCCAUGAAGCUACCAAGAAACUUGUCAAACGGUCUCUAUUUGUCUAUUACCCCACUCGGGCAACUUCGUUGCACCUCUCUUUUUUGCCUUUAAUCUCAAGCUGUCACUCAACUUUUCCUCUGCAUGUAGCAUAUAUAUGUAGCUAUCCGGCAUUUUUCAUUCUUGUACAAAAACAAACUCAAUUUCAUGGCAACUGCCAUUGUAUCCAAAUCCUCUAAAUGGCUACCCAGAACCCCAAGUUUUAAGCUAAUAACAAGUUCUCUCCCUCGCAUUAUCUCAUCAAAGUCCAAAACUUCUUCUAAAUCCAGACCCUCUAAACAAGAUGAGGAGCUUCAAAUCGUUUUUCGCUACUUCGAUAAAGAUGGAGAUGGAAAAAUUUCAAGCGAAGAACUUGGCGCUUAUUUCACCUCCAUUGGUGAGCCUAUGUCAAAUGCUAAUGUUCAAAGGGUGAUUAAAGAUUUCGACACCGACGGCGAUGACUUACUGGAGUUUGGCGAUUUUUAUCGACUGGUGGAAGGAGACAAAAUUACCGAUCGCGAUGAUGAUCUUAGAAUAGCUUUUGAGGUGUUUGAGGGAGAUAAUAAAGGUGGUGGAUGUAUCACUCCGAGAGGGUUGCAACAGGCGUUUAACCGUUUAGGAGAUUCAAAGUCUCUUGAAGAAUGUGCUGCUAUGAUUAGAGUAUUUGACCUUGAUGGCAAUGGAGUUCUUGAUUUUCAUGAAUUCUACAAAAUGAUGACCUGAUUACUUACUUUUGCUUUUUGUUUUUGGUUUCUUGUCUGUGUAUAUAUUUUCUCCUAGAGUUGUUGCAGUUUUAUUAUGCCUUGUAAACAUAUCCUGUGUGUACCUAGUAAUUAGCCGUUAUUUCUUGUCUUUUUAUGUAUGGCUAUUCCUGUAUAUAUUUGUUCCUUUCUCGUGUAAA